AUGACUCCAUCAAAACGUACUUCUCUCAUAACAACAAAUUAUACUGGACAUAUUGAAGAUACUUCUAUACUUCAAAGAUUUCUUUGCACUGAUCUAUCAAAUCAACAUAUACCAGUAACACAUCUUUUUAUUGCUCAUUAUCAUGCAUAUCCAUGUACGGUUAUAAUUCAAGCUUCAACUAGUUUAGGUAAACUUCAUGUUCCUAGUAUACGUCGUUAUCUUGAAAUUGAUCAUAAACAUAAUUCAACAGAGGAUAUUAUUAAACGUGAAUAUCAUCCGAUAGUACGUAGUUUUUAUAUAACUAAUUUUCUUGCUAAUCUUGGCAAUGGUAUUAUGAUUGAUUGUGAAAAUUGUCAAUUAAUAAAUGAUAUUGAAAAUCCAAAUAAAUAUAAAUCAGAUGGAUAUUAUGAUUAUUUUUUAAUAGUAGAAAAACUACGAAUUAAUUAUUUACCUGAACAUGAUAUUUAUGUUAAUGACGAAUUAGCUAGUAAAUUAUCAUCAUUUUAUGUUCUUCAAUCAAAAUCAACAAUUAUUCAAGUAGUAUGUAAAUAUCCACAACAAGGUUAUUAUCUUCAUGGAAUAAAUAUUAAAAAACCAUUCAUUUAUGAUCUUUCAUUGAGUUAUGGCAAGGAUUUUAUAAUAAUUCAUCAUCAAAUUUUAAAACAAUUAAAUAAAAUUGAAUGGAAAGGAAUUAUUCUUCUUUAUGGUAUUCCAGGAACAGGAAAGACAUAUUAUAUUCGUUAUUUGAUAAAUGAACUUCAAGAAAAAAAUUUAAUCUAUUUUCCAUCUGAUAUAAUUCGUGUUCUUUCAUCAUCAGAAAUUCUUCAAAUACUUAAACCAUAUUCUCAUUCAAUUAUUAUUAUUGAUGAUGCAGAAAAUCUAAACAAAGAUCAUCCAGAUCAAGUAUUAAACAAUCUAUUUAAUUUAAAUCAUCUAUCACAUCGACCAAUCAUUGCUACAUUUAAUUCUUAUUUACCACAAAUAUUUUCUCAUCAUAAAACUUCUUCAAUUAUUCAAUAUUCUUUUAAUAAACUUGAUAUUAUCAAUAGUCGAAUACUUCUCAAAACAUUAGGUUCACAACGUGAUAAUGAAACUAUUAAACAAUCGAUGACAUUAGGUGAAAUUUAUACUCAAAUAAUAUUUGAAACAAAAAUACAAAAUGAAAAUAUAAUAGAAUCAAGAAAAAAAUUAAAAACACCCGAUGAAAUGAUACAAUUAUUAGCUGAACAAGAAUUAUCUUUAUCCGAUAAAGAUAAUUGUACACUUUCAUAA